AGUUUGAAAAAUCUACGUUAGAAGUUCUAAAUAACUUAAAACGAAUAUUAUGCUAUGUAUUCAACUUAUUAACUGGUUUUUGAAUGUUUUCAGGUGUUUAUGUUAAUAAGUUGUAUUUGUCUUUCUACGCAAUGCCUUUGCGUGUUAGACACAUUUUUAAAUUUGCUAUUGAAUAAUUAAUCGACGGUAAAUAAUAUGGAACUAACUUACAAUCGAAAAUAUGUGCAUCUAGCUGUUGGUAAAUAUCAGUAUGUGAAGGCAUUACAAUGAAUGAUCCUCUAUGGAUUCUACUGAGUGGUAUGAGACUGUUUUUGUGGUUGGUAGAAGAUUAAAUGCCGGAACAUUUGACAAUAGAAACUGUAAAGUAUUUGACAAAAAUGGUUUUCAUUGGGUUGUGGAGGAACAGUUUUAUAUUAGAUUCAAACUACCCGAGGAUCCAUGUAAAUGGAAUCAGGAACAAGUUCACACUUGGAUAAAAUGGGCUGAAAAUGAAUAUAAUUUAAAAAAUGUAAACACAGAUCAUUUGACAGUAAAUGGGAAACAGUUGACUUCAGAUAAUUUCUGUUGGAAUAUUGCUGCUUUAGAAAUCAAGUCACCUACUGAUGAUUUUUGGACACAUGUUUGUCUACUUAAGACUAUGCACAAAGUGUACAUAAAACAAAAAGAUGAAGAAUGUAUUGAUAUACCUACAUUACUUAACUAUAAAAAUAAAAUGUUUUCAACUUCAGAUUUUAAUCAUAAUAUAGAAAUCUGGAGAUUUCUAUUAAAUUUAUUAACAGAUAGUGAGUAUCAAAAUGUAAUUGAAUGGGUAGACAACGAAGGAACAUUCAAAAUAAUUAAGCCAAAUACUGUUUCUAUCAUGUGGGGUUUGGUGAAAAACAAUUGGAAAAUGGACUACAGCAAAAUGGCUGCAGCUUUAAGAUACCAUUAUGGAAAAGGUAUAAUAGAAAGAGCCAAAGGGAAAUUUGUUUAUAAAUUUUCUGGUGACAUAAAAUCUAUGAUUGGUCAUAGUCCUUUGGAUAUGAAAAAUAUGUUUCAACAACAAUCUGUUUAAGUUGUGGAUGAAUAUUUUUAUGGCAAAACAAGCAAAGACAAAAUAAGAAGCUUAUGAAAAAUCAUCUUUUAAUCAUUAAUCAUCUUCUAUACUAAAUUGUAUUUAAAUUUUUGAAUAUAAUGAAUUAUUAAUAUA